AAACAUUUCGUUAACCAAUGUUUGUAAGUUGUUGCAAAUAAGUUGCCCUUUAAACUAUCCAUGUGAUACUCAGAAAACAUGAGAGAGAGAGGUAGAGCGAGAGAGAGAGGUGGUGAUCGCCGGGGCCGGGAAAGAAGGACGGUACAGAGUAUUGAGCAUGCAGGACCCAGUAGAAGAUAUCAACUGAGAUGGACCGAAUCAGUGAAUCAGAGGAGAACAGAUUACGCCCAGGAUCAACAUCAGAAGCGGAGGACAGGAGAAGCAUAUGACAGGGGCUUGUUCAAACAAGCCAUUCCUUUUUUCUUCACUAACUUCCCAGAUGAAUGGUGUUAUGCAGAUAUGUGGAGAACUUUUCUGAAGUUCGGAAGAGUGUAUGACAUAUACUGUCCAAAUAGGAAAAGCAGGAACGGAGGAAGGUUCGGCUUUGUUAGGUUCUUGGACGUAAAGGAUAAGAGGGAGCUGGAAAGGCAUCUGGACCAAAUUUGGGUAGGAGACCGAAAACUAUGGGUGAACUACCCUCGUUAUGAUACUUCCCAGAUUCAAAAACAGGGCGGGGAAUCCAGAGACUACCAAGGAGCUCCCCUAAGAUCUCAGAAUAGAAGCUAUGCGGAAGUAGUUAAGGGUCAUAUAGAUGAACAGAAAGAGGAGAGGACUAGCUACCAGUUGCAGAACAACCAUAGUUGGCCCGGGAAGGAUAGAAGCAAAAAUUCCCAUCUGGAUGGCAUCAACGAAAACAGGAAAAUCUGGAAAGAAAAAGGAGUUGGAUCAAAUUGGUCCGGAAUAGAAUAUAACACAAACUCAGAAGAUGAAAAAUGGCUUGACGGCUGUUUUGUGGGGAUCGCACACUCUGUUGAAAUGAUUAGGAACUUACAGGAAAAAUUCUAUAUGGAGGGAUACUUUUGGUGCCGCGUCAGAGCAAUGGGUGGCAAAAUGGUGUUACUUGACAGUGAUGACAAAGAAGAACUGAAGGACUUGGUGGAGAUGGCUUCAGAGUGGCUAGCUCAAUGGUUCGAAGGGGUAAAACCGUGGACUCCAGAUUUGGUCGCCUCGGAGAGAUACGCAUGGAUCAGAUGCCAGGGGGUUCCGCUCAACGCAUGGAAAACAGAUUUUUUUGAAAAAAUGAGCUGCUCUUGGGGAAAAUUCAUUUGCUUGGACGACAGCACAAGCAAAAAAAGAAGGUUUGAUAUUGCGAGAUUCUUGAUUUCGACUCCGAUCAUGAAUUCCAUAUCAAUUUCGAGACAGGUUAAAAUUAAUGGGUCUCUGUACAAUAUCAAGUUCUCUGAGGAAGAAUUCACAAAUAAUUUCUUCUCAUUGAAAGAAGACUUCAUGCCGAGAUUCCAGAGUGACUCUGAAGAGUUUGAGUCAUGGUCAAUUGACAGCAAGGAGGAAGAAGAAGCCCAGGAGGCUAUAGCAGAGGAAAACCAGGCGAUCAAAGAAGAUGGUGAAACAGAAGUUGAAGAUGAUGACGUGGCAAGCGGGGGUGCAAUGACCAACGGUAAACUCAGAAAGAAAGAUGAACAGAAGAAUGAGAUGACAGCUCAAGGAGGGAACAGUGACCAAAUUCAAAAUUUGAAUGAGGCUGAGGGUAGUGUAGGGACAGAGAGGCUGAUGCAAAAGCAAGGGAUAGCUACAGAGGUUGCCGAUGAAGUAAGUGAGACUCCAGUGGGCCAGUGUGAGCAUAGCAGUCCAAACCAGCAGAGGAAGCCCACCAUAAUAGAAGAAAGCCCAGCGAAUGAGCUGUCUUCAAACAUGGGCCAGUCGAACAAAAAAACCCCAGUGAGAAGCCCAAUCCAUGGAAAGAGUAAAGCUGUCUCUAGGAUAAGCUCCUUGAAGUCUGGUAGCAGCGACGAUGAAGAAGCAGAUCUAUUCUGGAAAGGGCAUGAAAUCGAUGAGGCUCGGCUGCAGAAAUGGAUGAAGGACAGAUCGGAGUCAAAACCAUUGAAGAAAAAGAAGAAAAUCAGUUUAUGUAGCACGGUCUACCGAAAAUCAGCACACGCAGCUAGAGGAAGACGGAGGACGGAAGGCAGAGGAAAAAUCAGCAAGACUCAAAUGGGGGGAAGAACAGAGCCAGACUUUCUUGCAAGCCCAAUUGACGAAAUUGCAGAUGACUCAAUUGGGGAUAGUGGAAUUCAAAAUUGCAACAGAAUUCUGCAGAAGCAAAUGCGAAAUCAUCUUGCAAAGGAGAUCUGGGAGUUGGCAAAGCAAUUAGGGGUCUCGGCCGAGAAUGAGGAGGAGAUAAUGAGUCGGAUAGAAGAAAUGGAGAGCAGAGAUAGACAAUCAAAGGCAAACAUGGUGAACCAAGUUACUGGUGACGCAGAGAAGGUGUUGGAGGGAGAUAACUAUAUAGGGGUGUUUGGAUUAUGGGGAGAGGAUCAAACUCCCGUGUAUAUUGUUAAUGUUUACUCAUCCUGUUUACUGGCGGGCAAAAGGGCAUUAUGGGAGGAAUUAUUGAAUUUGAUUAAUAGCAGGAAAGGCAAUUGGUGUUUGGGGGGAGAUUUUAAUGCGGUUAGAAGUGCGGAUGAGAGAGCAGGAAGUAAUGGGGUAACCAAAGAAAUGGAGGAAUUUGAUAGUUUCAUCCAGGAUGCUGGUUUAGUGGAUCUGCCAUUGACAGGGAGGAAGUAUACCUGGUACAAUUCCAACGGCCUGUACAUGAGCAGGUUAGACAGAUUCUUAUUCUCGGAAGAUUGGCUUAUGAAAUGGGGGGACAUAAGGCAAUGGGGGUUAAAGAGAACUGUGUCUGACCACUGCCCCAUAUUAAUUAAGGAAGAGAAGGUCGACUGGGGGCCCAAACCUUUCAAGUUCUUCGAUGCUUGGCUAGAUCAACCGGCGUGUGUGGAGAUGAUCAGAAAGGUGUGGAAUACAGCUGAGAUUAAGGGCUGGAAGGGAUAUAUGCUUAAAGAGAAAUUGAAGAAAACAAAGAAAGCUUUAAAGGAGUGGAGUGGUAACUCUAUGCCAGAGGUGGACAAAAAAAUUAAUGAAGCUGAAAUGGAGAUAGCUGCACUGGAUAACAAAGGAGAGAAUAACCAGCUGUCCACACCGGAGGUGGAUAAAAGAAGACGCUGCUUUCUACAACUCUGGGAGAAUCUAAAAAUCAAAGAGAGCAUGUGGCAACAAAAGUCCAGGAAAAUGUGGCUUAAAGAAGGAGAUGCCAACACCAAAUUUUUUCAUAGGUGUAUGAAGAGCAGAUGGAGAAAAAAUGAAAUUAAUAGUGUACAGAUCAAGGGCAAAAGGUGUGUAGGAGUGGCUGAAAUAAGGGAGCAGGUAGCCCAGUAUUUCGAAGAGAUGUUUGCGGAAGAAAAAUGGCAAAGACCAAAACUGGACGGCAUUAAUUUCAAACAAAUCUCCCUGGCAGACAAUGUCCUCCUAACGUCCCAGUUCAGUGAAGAGGAAAUUAAGAGUGCAGUGUGGGAUUGUGACUCCACAAAAUCACCAGGACCAGAUGGGUUCAACUUUAAGUUCAUAAAGACCAUGUGGGAGGAUUUAAAAUCUGAUGUAGUUGGAUUUAUCCAGGAAUUCCAUGAGCAGGGUAGACUGGUUAAAGGAUCAAACUCCUCAUUCAUUGUGUUGAUCCCAAAAGUUGAGAACCCGCAAAGAGUUGAAGAAUUCAGACCCAUCUCUCUUAUCGGAGUCAUGUACAAGAUUCUAGCAAAACUGUUAGCAAACCGUCUUCGAAAAGUGUUGGACAGGGUGAUUGGGGAACAGCAAAUGGCCUUCAUUGAAGGGAGGCAACUUAUGGAUGGAGUGGUCAUAGCAAAUGAGGUAAUAGACGAGGCGAAAAGGAAAAAGAAGGAAAGCUUUUUAUUCAAAGUUGAUUUCGAAAAAGCUUUCGACAAGGUGUGCUGGGAAUUCAUUGAUUACAUGCUGUUCAAAAUGGGAUUUAAUGCCAUUUGGAGGGGAUGGAUUCAAGAAUGCUUACGAUCAAGUAUGAUUUCAGUCCUCAUCAACGGAAGCCCAACGAGACAAUUCCCUGUAGGCAAAGGUAUAAGACAAGGAGACCCGUUAUCGCCUUUCUUGUUCCUAAUCGUGGCGGAAGGUCUUAAUGGCCUAAUGUCUUCUGCGGUGGAGAAGGAGUUAUACAAGGGAGUGACGAUUGGCAAUGGUGCAACAAUGGUGACCCACCUACAAUUUGCAGAUGAUACUAUUUUCUUCGGAGAGGCCACUGAAGACAACAUAAGGGUCGUUAAAAGUAUCAUGAGAGUCUUUGAAAUGGUGUCAGGAUUGAAAAUCAAUUUUGGGAAGAGUCAACUGUUGGGUGUGGAGGUGGAUGAUGACUGGAAAACCAGAAUGGCCUGCAUCUUAUGCUGCAAAGAGGGUAAAUUUCCAUUUAAAUACCUGGGAGUUCCGGUUGGGGGGAAUCAUAGAAGGAUAGCAAUGUGGCAACCACUGUUACGAUCUUUUAGAAAGAAGUUAUCUAGCUGGAAAGGAAAACAUCUCUCUAUGGGAGGCCGGAUCAUGCUCAUCAACUCUGUACUGUCUAGUCUGCCCGUUUUCCUGAUGUCGGUAUUCAAAAUUCCCUCAGGUAUUCUCAAAUCCAUUGAUAAAAUGCGUAGGAACUUUUUAUGGGGCGGAGAAGGGGAGAGUAGGAAAAUAAAUUGGGUAAGUUGGGAGAGGGUUUGCAAAAAUAAAGAGUGGGGCGGCCUAGGGGUGAAAGACAUGAGGAGAUUUAAUUUAGCACUAAUGGGAAAAUGGUGGGGACGUCUUGCAUCCAAGGACGAGGGAUUGUGGAGGAGGGUAAUCGAAGGAAAAUAUAGCGAGGGAAGAGGUAAUUGGAUGGAUUGGGUAAGAGACGGUAGAGGAAUGGGUUCUCUAUGGUGGAGGGAUGUAUGCAACCUCAAUAAUAGAGACGGUGAAAAUGUAGGAUGGCUUGUAGAUGGUUUUAGAUUAAGGAUAGGUGAAGGUAAAGGUGGGAUUCUCGACAAUGUGAAGAUCACUCCUGGAUGCCCUGACAAAUGGCAAUGGAUUCACAGCAAUGAUGGUCUCUACUCAACAAAAAUGGCUUAUUGGAAGUUGACAAAUGAUCGGACGGGAUCGAAGGAGGCCAAAAUGUCAAAGAGAAUAUGGAAUCCCAUGCUCCCGAGCAAGAUAGCUGCCUUCAAUUGGAGAGUAAUACUUGACAGAAUUCCUACCAAAGCUAAUCUUCAUAAAAGAGGAAUUAUCAAAGACAUAGCAGAGGCAAAAUGUGGGAUAUGCGAGGAGUAUGAGGACGCCAGCCACCUAUUUCUAAAUUGCAAAAUAAGUAAAUGGAUUUGGAAAGCUUGCAGCAGAUGGUGGGGGACCACGGUAGCAUUAAAGGAAGAUUGCUGCAACACCUUCGACCAAUUCGGGAAUGGGAUAAAAGAUCAACACAUAGCAGAUGGAUGGGAUUGCAUCUGGAAUACUGUCAUUUGGACAGUAUGGAUGGCAAGAAAUCGCAAAAUAUUCCAGGAUACAGAAAUUAAUAUGGAUUGGUUAAUUAAUCCUGCAGCUUGUUUGUCUAGCAAUAGGGGAGGGUUUAAUUGAUGAAUGAUUUAAAAGAGGGAACUAACAUUGGAUAUCUGUUGCUUUGUAAAACUUGAUGGGUUGAGUACCCCUUGUACUCAGUUUGAAUAUAUACAUCUUCUUUGC